AUGGCUGAAGAGACGCCAAAAUGCAGGGGCAUCGUUCCAGAUAACGACGAUCAUAUGGGCACGCGUAUUGGAGCACUUUUUGUCAUUCUAGUUACAUCAGCUCUCUUCACCAUCUUUCCGAUCAUCACGAAGCGUGUCACAUUCUUCCAGAUCCCAGGUCCCAUCUAUGACUUUGCCAAAUACUUUGGUAGUGGCGUAAUCAUUGCCACUGCAUUUGUGCACCUACUUGAGCCAGCAACAGAUGAGCUCGGGCAAGAGUGUCUUAUCGAGAGUUUCCAAAAAUACCCCAUGGCAUAUGCAUUUGCACUGAUCUCGAUGAUGCUCAUGUUCGUUAGUGAAUUUUUCGCGUACCGCUUUGGUUCGCAGAUCCUUGAGCGAAAAGGUCUGGGCGGAUUGGCGCAUAACCACCAACAGCACGCCAUGGUUCCCGAUGCAGCACAUUCAGAGCAUUCCAUACCUUCGAACGAGUUGCAGCAUCAAGCACAUCGCGAUGAAGAAGUGUUCCUAAGCGCAGAUAAAGCAGAUCUCGAAAGUGGCGAGGGCGAUUCUGACUUGUUCAUUAUUCAGAAGCAAACUUCCAAUGUGGCAGAAAUUGUAGGAGUGUUGGUCCUGGAGUUGGGUGUCGUCUUUCAUUCCGUGAUUAUUGGCCUUACGCUUGCUACAACGGAAUGGGAUGGAGACGACGACAAAUUCUACAUUCUCUUUCCAGUAAUUGUCUUUCAUCAGCUGUUUGAGGGUCUUGGUCUCGGUUCAAGACUCGCGUUUAUGCCGCAAACAUUCAGUACGACUUUUUUGUGUGUGCUUGGUUUGCUGUAUGCGCUGUGUACGCCUGUAGGCAUGGCCAUCGGACUUGGCAUCCGAAACACGUAUUCACCAGACACUCCUACAUACUACUACGUCUCAGGAGUAUUUGAUUCGGUGUCUGCCGGCAUUCUCAUUUAUACUGGUCUCGUUGAAUUGCUUGCGCAUGACUUUAUCUUCAACAAGGACAUGCAUACUGCGCCAACGUGGAAAGUCCUGCUCAAUGUUUCAGAAGUAUGUGCUGGUGUUGGUGUGAUGGCCCUCUUGGGUCUCUGGGCGUGA